ACUACCUAGAGAGCAGUGUAUGAUAACUAGUCUCUGCUGAAUCAUAUUAAUAAUAAUUGCACCCCCCGCGGACACCAAAACAUCGGCCAUCUGGCCCGCGGUACCAGAAGCCUUCGCACUCCACAUUUGAUCCGCGCCAUUUUCAGCCACACACGGUGAUCACGAAACCGACCAGACUUUCACCAUCGCUUUUUCUUCUCUCAGUCGCCCUGCGCAGAUACUCUGAUGGCUGCAUUAUCACUGCUGUGAAAUCCACUUCAAGCGGGCGGACAUCCUCAGCGUGCCUAAAAUGACCUCGAGUCCACCAGAAGCCGCCGCUGCGGUGGCAGGCUUACUGGAGUUGUGGCACUCGUACCGGCUCGUAAUUCUCGUCGCCAUCACCGCGGUUGGGACUGUUACCUACAUAUAUCGUACGGCCUAUCGCCGGUCGAAAACUUCCCUGUCUUUGUCGACCCCGCCAUCACCCCUCGUUCCGUCAGAAAAGAUUCCAUGGACAAGAGAUAGUAAGGUGGUAGAAGCUCGCGCGGACAGUGAAUUCGCCAAAUUGCCAUCGAAGGUCGACUUGAAACAGAACAAACCUACCUCUGGUCCGAAGAUAGUGCAAGGGAAAAAGCAAGUCAAGGCCCGAGGCGCGCAACGAAGCCCCGAGCAAUCCGAGUCGCCGUUCUUCAUACAACCCGUGAUCUUCUUCUCGUCUCUUACCGGAAAUACUGAGAGAUUCGCGCAUACUGUGUUGGAGAAUUUGCGAUCCGCAGCUCAGGCCUAUUCCAAGACCGAUCGUGGCCGUGGACUGCUUCCGCCUCAGAUGCAUGACCUGUCUUACAUCGACUUCGACGAUCAUUUCACUGCCGCACCCAAGCCGCCAUCGAGCUCUCCGAACACUCAAUAUUUCUACUGCCUUCUCAUUCCUACCUAUAACAUCGAUACCAUCAUCAAUACUUUCCUGGGUCAUCUGGAGGAAACGCACCAUGACUUCAGGAUAGACACAGCACCCCUAGCUCCUCUUACAGGAUACUCUGUCUUUGGGUUCGGAGAUCGAGAAGGAUGGCCCACCGAAGAGGAGGGCUUCUGUUCGCAAGCCAAAGAGUUGGACCGAUGGAUGGCAAAGCUGACCGGCGGAAAGAGAGCUUAUCCUCUAGGCCUUGGCGAUACGAAGAGCGAUGCUUCGUCCUCUUUGGCAGAGUGGUCCAGCGGAGUGAAAGAGAUCUUAUACGAUAUUCUAGCAAACGGUGGCUUGGGCGACGGGGUGGCUGGUAGUGGAGAUGCGUUCGAGAGCGAUGAAGAAGACCUUGAGAACACGCCUGGUGAAAGCAACACCAGAAAGCCUCGUAAGGCUGCUGCUUCUGGGUCGGUCUUGGAUCUUGAAGAUAUCAAAUUUAAUGUUGAGAGCCAAAAUCCGGGUGCAGGUUCGGCGCCGCUUCCUGUGGACUUUACAACGUUUGGAAAAGAAGCUUCGAAUCCCAUCACCCAACCGGCGGCGAAAGAAAUGGUGCCCAAAAAGUCUCCCACGUAUACUGCUCUCACUAAGCAGGGCUACACUAUUGUCGGCUCACAUUCAGGUGUGAAAAUUUGCCGCUGGACCAAGUCCGCUCUUCGCGGUCGCGGGUCUUGCUACAAAUACUCGUUUUACGGGAUCAAGUCGCAUUUGUGCAUGGAGACUACGCCGUCUCUUUCCUGUAGUAACAAAUGUGUCUUCUGCUGGCGACACGGUACGAAUCCCGUCGGCACUACCUGGCGUUGGAAGGUGGAUCCCCCGGAGCUUAUCUUCCAGGGAGUCAAGGAAGGUCAUUACAAGAAGAUCAAGAUGAUGCGAGGAGUCCCAGGUGUCCGUGCCGAACGGUUUGCUGAAGCAAUGCGCAUCAGACAUUGCGCACUGAGCUUGGUAGGAGAGCCGAUCUUCUAUCCCCACAUUAACGAGUUCCUCUCCAUGUUGCAUGGAGAAAAGAUUUCAAGCUUUUUGGUUUGCAACGCUCAGCAUCCAGACGAGCUCGCGGCCCUUGACAGGGUAACGCAAUUAUAUGUCUCCAUAGAUGCCAGUAACAGGGAAAGUCUCCGCAAGAUUGAUCGACCCCUUCACCGUGAUUUCUGGGAGCGUUUCCAGCGCUGCCUCGACAUCCUAAGAGAAAAAAGGCAUGUGCAGCGCACCGUCUUUCGACUGACUCUGGUCAAAGGCUUUAACGUGGAUGAUGAGAUCACCGGAUACGCAAACCUUGUCGAGAAAGGGCUGCCAUGUUUUGUUGAAAUCAAGGGCGUCACUUACUGCGGCACAAGCUCAAGUGCUGGUGCUGGUCUAACCAUGAAGAAUGUCCCCUUCUACGAAGAGGUCGCCGAAUUUGUGGUUGCACUCAACAACGAGCUCCAAAGGCGCGGUCUCAAAUAUGGAAUCGCAGCCGAACAUGCUCACAGUUGCUGCGUUUUGCUUGCAUCGGAACGAUUCUUUAUUGGCGGAAAGUGGCAUACUAGGAUCGAUUACGAUCGCUUCUUUGAGCUCCUUGAAAAGGAAAAAAGAGACGGAACGUCCUUCAUGCCUGAAGAUUACACCAGAGAGACUGAAGAAUGGGCGCUUUGGGGAAAUGGGGGCUUCGAUCCAAAUGAUGAAAGAGUCUACAGGAAAGGGCGCAACAAGACAGCUCUUCCCCCAGCCGCUUCCUAGGUGGAAAUAUAUCAUAUACACACUUCCGGUUCGCGGUGGUGGCUGGUGACCUCACUGUGGCUUUUACAUUGGUCUUUAGUCCUUGCUCCAUCCAUAUUAUAUGGCAUGGUUA